GACUACGUCAGAUUUUAAAGACGUAACCGGGAAAGAUGGCGGCACGCUUGGCGAUGCGGUGUGCCUAUGCACAAUUGUUUUCAACACUUCCAGGGCUCUCUAAAUCUAGUGUGUUCUCGCCACAUCGUAUCGUCUCGCAGGUUUAUCUCCAAAGACCUCUCUCUGCUUCGUCAAGGCUCAGUGCAGCACUUAAAUAUACCGACAAGCACGAAUGGGUGCGAGUAGACGAUGGUGUUGGAACUGUAGGCAUCAGCAGCUUCGCCCAGGAAGCAUUAGGGGAUGUGGUGUACUGUGGCCUACCAGAUGUUGGAACACAGCUGUCACAAUCAGAUGAGUUUGGUGCCCUGGAGAGUGUGAAGGCAGCCAGUGAGCUGUAUUCCCCUCUGACAGGUGAGGUUGUGGAGGUCAACGAGGCUUUGGCUGACAAGCCCGGCCUUGUCAACAAAUCCUGCUACAAAGAUGGCUGGCUGAUGAAGAUGACCAUUACAAAUCCAGCUGAACUCGACUCCCUCAUGGACGAAGCCGCCUACGAAAGAUACAUCAAAUCCAUCGAGGACUAGAGGGUGUGCAAAGUGUGUGUGUUGGUUAAUGUCUCAGGCUUGUGUGUGUGUGUGCAUGUAUGCACACCACAAUGGACUAAUAAUGUACUUGAGAAAUGCUUAAGUGUUAGCAGAGUUAGCAGCAGGAUGAUCAUGACGGUGGGCAUGCAUUUCUCAGUACGGACCAGAGACCAGUGGCCAGUGCCUACACGUGUUUAAACACACUCCCAAGUUUCAAUGAACCAAUAUACACAUCCUGUUGAUACCUUGCCCACUACCUUGUGUUUGUAAAAUUUCACACACGUGCAAACCCAAAAUCACACCCUCACAGUCUCUAUGCACUAGAUACAGAUUUCUGCAUUUCCUUGAGUGUGAGCACUGGACACUGGUUGACCCAUGGCCGGCCGUAAAGAACUUUGAUUCUGUUCUGUUUCAGCAAAGCUUUACAAGUUAAACUUUUUCAUUGUUUGCAUUUGGGACAUGUACACUUCCCUGUGAUCCUGUUGGCAGCCUUUUGAAUCUAUUUAAGAGGUUACAUUUACCAGCAAUGUUUGCUGGUAAAUGUAACGGUUUGACCACAGCUGGAGGUGGACAUAGCUGGAGGUGGGGGGAGGGGCAUCUUCCUUGUCUUUGGUCAUGUGAAUGCAGAUCAUUGGCCCUUGAGUUGACAUCUGACUGAACUGCUGUACAGUAUUUGUAGAUACUAACACCAAUAAAAACUGUCAUGGACAAAUGGCUGUA